CAGUCGCAGAUGAAUGGACAUGCGUGUUCGACGAAUCAUCUUGUCGGCGCUACUAGCAGGCGUGGCUAUUGGUCAGGAUGCGAUUACCGCCUCCGGAACCAACUUCACCUUGACCGGCAGUGGUGUGUCGUAUCUCUUCCAUGUUGACCCUGAAUCCGGUGACCUCGUCUCGGACCAUUUUGGAGGGCCUGCUACCGACUUCACGCCUCCGGCAUCUAUUCUCCCAUGGGGAUGGCACGACAACUUAGCCAAUUACCGCCGGGAGUUUCCCGACAUCGGCCGCAGUGAUUUCCGCCUGCCUGCAAUACACAUCGAGCAUGCCGACGGGGAUACUGUGUCUGCUUUCGUCUAUCAAUCACACGAGGUCGUGCCAGGAAAGCCGUCUUUGCCGGGGCUUCCAGCAACCUAUGGCGGCGACGCCGAUGUUACGACGUUGGUUGUGCAGCUGUAUGACAAUGUUUCGGAUGUUUCUGCCGCGUUGUCGUACUCGAUAUUUCCUCAGUAUAAUGCUAUUGCGAGGAGCUUCAGCAUCACCAAUAAUGGCUCCGACGACAUUGUGAUCCAGCGAGCGGCAAGCUUCAGCACCGAUUUUCCGAAUCUGGACCUGGAUAUGAUCGAGGUUCAGGGCGACUGGUCCCACGAAUUCAACAGGGUGAAGAGAAAGGUCGACUACGGCGAAACGACAUUUCGUAGUACUGAGGGGUACGCAUCGCACCUCCACAACCCUUUCUUCGCCCUGGUCUCUCCAACCACCACUGAAAGCACUGGCGAAGCCUGGGGCUUCAACUUGGUCUGGACAGGUAGCUUCGAAGCGACGGCCGAAAGAUUCUCCAAUGGCUACGUUCGCGUGCUCCUAGGUCUCAACCCACUGCACACCAGCCUGCGGGUCCAGCCGGGAGAAGCAUUCCAGUCGCCCGAGGCAGUGGCUGUUUACUCUUCAGAGGGCGUUGGAGGCAUGUCGCGAUCCUUCCACGAUCUGUAUCGCAAUCAUCUCUCGCGAUCUAAUUACACCCAUCAGACCCGCCCCGUCCUGCUCAAUUCGUGGGAAGGCCUUGGUUUCGACAUCAACCAGACUGCGCUCGUCGAUCUGGCCGGCGAAGCAGAGGAGCUUGGCAUCCAGCUCUUCGUAAACGACGACGGCUGGUUCGGUGUUGAGUACCCUCGCAAUAAUGAUACCCUGGGUCUUGGCGACUGGACUCCGAAUCCGGCAAAAUUCCCCGAUGGCCUAGGUCCGUACGUCGCGCAGGUCAACAACUAUACCGUGCUCAACUCCUCGUCGCAGCCUCUGCAAUUUGGCAUUUGGGUCGAGCCUGAAAUGGUCAAUCCCAAUUCGACGUUAUACCACGAGCAUCCCGAUUGGGUUCUGCGCGCUGGGAAAUACGCCAGAACCCUCACGAGGAAUCAGCUCGUGCUCAACGUGGGCCUCCCAGAAGUGCAAGAUUUCAUCAUCAACACUGUGUCGCGCAUCCUCGACUCAGCGAACAUCCAGUACGUCAAGUGGGACAAUAACCGCGGCAUGCACGAAUUGUCCCACCCGUCAGACGACUACAACUAUAUGCUCGGCCUGUAUCGUGUCAUCGACAAUCUGACCACGAGAUAUCCAGACGUGUUGUGGGAAGGUUGUGCAUCCGGCGGGGGACGCUUCGACGCCGGCUUGCUGCACUACUGGCCGCAGCACUGGACUUCAGACAACACCGACGCAUCCAACCGCUUGACGAUACAGCUGGGCACCUCGCUAGUCUAUCCUCCAUCCGCAAUGGGCUGCCACAUCUCCGCGAUACCGAACGGUCUCACAAACCGCAACAUCAGCAUCGAAUACCGCGGCCACGUUGCCAUGAUGUGCGGCUCCUUCGGCCUCGAGCUCAAUCCGGCCGAACUCAGCGCCGAAGAAGCGUCCGCCAUCCCGUCCAUCAUGGCGGAAGCGAAGCGCGUCAAUCCCAUGGUCAUCUCCGGCGACUUCUACCGCCUCGCACUACCCGACAAUAGUAACUGGCCCGCCGCCCAGUUUGUCUCCAACGAUACGAGCCAGGGUGUCGUGUUCGCGUUCCAGCAGUUGUACAUGGUGAAGCCGGCCGCGCCGCCGCUGAGGCUGCAAGGCCUGGAUCCGCAAGCGAGGUAUUACAAUGAUCUUGAUAAUUCGACGUAUAGUGGUGCGACAUAUAUGAACGCGGGUAUUAAUAUUGCGUGGGAGAGGGGGGAUUAUCAGAGCAAGCUUAUUUGGUUGGAGAAGCAGUAGGGUGCAUUUAUAUAGCUACUGCAACACUGCGUAUGCUUAGGAUGGUACCACUGUCCAUGAGCGAGUCUUAACGUUCGGUGACGAGUUCCUACAAACUUCCUCCGUCUCCUCACAAAAUGGUCGAUGAUCGCGAAGCAUAGCAGGAGGGGGAAGUCGGGUUCUGUGUAGUUCACCGGCUCAGCGGUAAUUGGAAUACUCGUUGAUAAUGCGCUGAAUGGUACGAGCAGUGUAUCGUAACGUGGCGAUGGAUGCUGGAGAGGUGAUGGCUCACAAGGGAUGAUACGGGGUACAGGAGCUCUCCAAUGAU